AUAAAAAACCUAAUAGUCUUCCUAGUUCUUGUGUUUCCAAACACAUACCCUGUCAAAACAUUGUUAUAUAUAAUUAUUUAUUAUUUAUUAUACAUUUCUCAAUGACUUAUUAGUCCAAACUCCAAAGUGGAUCUACUACUAAUUAUUCAACAAGUACCUUGCUAGGAAGAGUUUCUUCUGAAAUGGCUAACCAAGAAAAGCAAUACAAGAAAGGGUUCAUGUAUAUUUACAAAAUUGGCACAGGAAACCAAAGAAAGAAAGAGUUAGAAGAACAUGGUGUUGUUGAGAAAGAAAAGAAACUAUCAAGUUCAAGAAGUUGGUUGCAAAGGAUAAGAAAUCCAAUGAGUAGAAGUUAUAAUCAUAAUCACAAAGAGUUGAACAUUAAUGGAGGAUUUGUUGAGGCAAGAAAUUCAACAUCAUGUUUAGAGUUAGAAACAAGAGGAGGGUAUAUAGAAGGAAGAAAUUCAGUGUCUUGUAUAGAAGCAUCAUCAUCACCAGCAAUAACAAGAGGAAUCAUAGUUGAGGAGGGAAGAAAAUCAGUGUCUUAUGUUGAAACAAAGUUAGCAGCAGAAGAAAAGUUAGGUAAAUUUGUUGAGGCAAGAAAAUCAGUGUCACAAAUUGAAACAUUGUCAUCUGUAAUUGAAUAUCUUCAAGUUAAGGUUUUGGUCUCAGACAUGCCAAGUUUCAUGCAAGUGAAUGCUUUUCGUUGUGCAAGAAACACAUAUGAUAGUCUUGAGGAGUUUAGCUCUAAACACAUAGCUCAUAACAUAAAGAAGGAAUUUGAUAAAGCAUAUGGUCCGGUAUGGCAUUGCAUUGUAGGACCAAGUUUUGGUUCUUUUGUGACACAUUCAACGGGGUGUUUUCUUUAUUUUUCAAUGGAAAAUUUAUAUAUUCUACUGUUCAAGACCAAAGUUAAGAAGGCUUCGGUUUAAUUAAGAUAUAUAUGAGAAUUUGAAACUCGUCAAUGAAGAUGCUUGAGAAGAUAGAUGACUUCUUGAAGAAUAGAUUGAAUGAAAAAUAUUGGAGGAAGACAAUUCUAACCAAAAUUCACAAUAACCUUGGAAUCAAGCUCAAACAUAAUCCACAUAAACAAAAGAUGCAAGGCUAAUUCAAUGCCUAAACAGAGGGUCCAAAGCUCCACUCAAAAUGCAUUAUAGAAAGGCUCCAAGCCACAUUUAUGCUCUUAUCCAUAUCCCUUGUAUAAAGCAUACUCCUUAUAUGUAAAAGAAAAUAUUUUUUUCUCCAUUAAA